ACAACAUGCACACACACAUCCAAACACAUCAUACACACAUAGACUGGGAGAAUCCACUACUAGCCUGCGCAGCCUGACACCAUGCAUGCUGCAAUCCCCUCCAUGCAUGCUCUGCCGGAAUAUGCAUCUCUAUCCUGGGACUUGAAUGAUGUUCUGCUGCAGCAAGACUGGACAGUCACAUGCCACAUGAGGAUUUAAUCUUUUUUGUUGUUGCUUUCAUCCAAAGGAGCAUCUUGAAGAUUCUGGGCUUCAGUUUUAUCUCUAGAAAUAUUCUUCUUCUUUUUAGCUCAUCAUCUUUGUUUUUUUGCUGGGUGGUCAAAGUUACCUCUGCAUCCCACAAUGGAACUAAAUUGGAUGCUGCUCCUGUCUCUGAUUUGGCAAGUGCAAGCUGUGGAAGAGACCUUAAUGGACACACGAACGGCUACAGCAGAGCUAGGCUGGACGGCAACUCCUUCCUCUGGGUGGGAAGAGGUGAGCGGCUACGAUGAAAACCUCAAUACAAUACGCACAUACCAAGUGUGCAAUGUUUUUGGACCCAACCAGAACAACUGGCUUCGCACUACCUUCAUUCCUCGGAGGAAUGCCCAGCGUGUCUACGUGGAGAUGCGCUUUACUGUCCGGGACUGUAGUAGCCUCCCUAAUGUGCCAGGCUCUUGCAAAGAAACUUUUAAUUUAUAUUACUAUGAGUCAGACUCCCAUGUUCCCAAUAAAGACUCUGCAUUUUGGAAUGAUGCCCCAUAUCUUAAAGUUGAUACCAUAGCUGCUGAUGAAAGCUUCUCACAGGUGGACUUUGGUGGGAGACUGAUGAAAGUAAACACUGAAGUUCGUAGCUUUGGCCCAUUGACUCGCAGUGGCUUCUAUUUAGCAUUCCAGGACUAUGGAGCAUGUAUGUCACUCCUGUCUGUCCGUGUCUUCUUCAAAAAGUGCCCGUCUGUGGUUCAGAAUUUUGCAGUCUUCCCGGAAACCAUGACUGGGGCAGAGAGCACGUCACUGGUGAUAGCAAGAGGAACAUGUAUCCCUAAUGCAGAGGAAGUAGAUGUACACAUUAAACUGUACUGCAAUGGUGAUGGAGAAUGGAUGGUGCCCAUCGGCAGAUGUACCUGCAAAGCUGGAUAUGAACCUGAAAAUCAUACUGUCUGUAAAGCCUGCCCAGCUGGCAUGUUUAAAGCCAACCAGGGAUUGGGGAUUUGUGCUCCAUGUCCUGCGAACAGUCGCUCUACGGCGGAGGCCUCUCCCAUCUGUAUCUGCCGCAAUGGCUACUAUCGGGCGGAUUUUGACCCACCAGAGGCAAUGUGUACAAGUGUUCCUUCUGGACCACGCAAUGUCAUCUCUAUAGUGAACGAGACGUCCAUCACAUUGGAAUGGCACCCCCCACGUGAAACUGGAGGCAGGGAUGACGUCACCUACAACAUCAUCUGCAAGAAAUGCCGCUCUGACCGGAGGACUUGCUCGCGGUGUGAUGAUAAUGUGGACUUUGUUCCCCGACAAAUGGGGCUCACAGACACCCGAGUCUUCAUCAGCAAUUUAUGGGCCCACACACCGUAUACGUUUGAGAUCCAGUCGGUGAACGGAGUCACCAAUAAAAGCCCAUUCCCUCCCCAACAUGUGUCUGUCAAUAUUACUACCAACCAAGCAGCUCCUUCCACUGUUCCCAUCAUGCACCAGGUCAGAGCUACUAUGAAGAGUAUCACCCUAUCUUGGCCUCAACCAGAGCAGCCCAACGGAAUUAUCCUGGACUAUGAAAUUCGAUAUUAUGAGAAGGAUCAAAAUGAAUUUAACUCAUCUAUAGCAAGAAGCCAAACCAACACAGCCAGCAUAGAAGGACUGAAGCCUGGUGUGGUGUAUGUGGUACAGGUCAGGGCACGCACAGUGGCAGGUUAUGGAAAGUACAGUGGAAAAAUGUGCUUCCAAACACUGACUGAUGAGGAUUACAAAUCAGAGUUGAGAGAGCAGCUUCCACUGAUUGCUGGCUCGGCAGCAGCGGGUGUUGUCUUCAUAGUGUCCCUGGUGGCUAUUUCCAUUGUAUGCAGUAGGAAGAGAACGUACAGUAAAGAAGCAGUGUACAGUGAUAAACUACAGCACUACAGCACCGGCAGAGGCUCUCCAGGAAUGAAGAUUUAUAUCGACCCCUUCACAUAUGAAGAUCCCAAUGAAGCUGUGAGGGAAUUUGCUAAGGAGAUUGACGUCUCUUUUGUGAAAAUUGAAGAGGUUAUUGGGGCAGGAGAGUUUGGGGAGGUGUACAAGGGCCGUCUGAAGCUCCCUGGGAAGAGGGAAAUCUAUGUUGCUAUAAAAACACUUAAAGCUGGAUAUUCUGAAAAGCAAAGAAGGGAUUUUCUGAGUGAAGCAAGCAUUAUGGGCCAGUUUGAUCAUCCCAACAUCAUCCGACUUGAGGGUGUGGUGACCAAGAGCCGACCUGUUAUGAUCAUUACUGAGUUCAUGGAAAAUGGUGCGCUGGACUCCUUCCUGCGGCAAAACGAUGGGCAGUUUACAGUGAUCCAGCUGGUGGGAAUGCUUCGAGGGAUUGCAGCUGGCAUGAAGUAUCUGUCGGAAAUGAAUUAUGUGCACAGAGACCUGGCAGCCAGGAACAUCCUGGUGAAUAGCAACCUGGUGUGCAAGGUGUCUGACUUUGGGCUGUCUCGCUAUCUGCAGGAUGAUACGUCAGAUCCAACGUACACCAGCUCCUUGGGGGGGAAGAUCCCAGUGAGAUGGACAGCACCAGAGGCUAUUGCUUAUCGCAAAUUUACAUCGGCCAGCGAUGUCUGGAGUUACGGUAUUGUCAUGUGGGAAGUUAUGUCAUUCGGAGAACGGCCAUACUGGGACAUGUCCAAUCAGGACGUCAUCAAUGCCAUCGAGCAGGAUUACCGCCUGCCUCCCCCCAUGGACUGUCCAGCAGCCCUGCACCAGCUCAUGCUGGACUGUUGGCAGAAGGAUCGAAACAGCCGGCCGCGCUUUGGGGACAUCGUCAAUACUCUGGACAAGAUGAUCAGGAACCCCGCCAGCCUCAAAACAGUGGCCACCAUCCCUGCUGUGCCUUCCCAGCCACUGCUUGACCGCUCCAUCCCAGACUUCACAGCCUUUACCUCAGUAGAUGACUGGUUGAGUGCUAUCAAAAUGGGACAGUACAGAGAUAACUUCCUGAGCUCUGGUUACACCUCAUUGCAGCUUGUCGCCCAGAUGACUCCAGAGGACCUUCUGAGGAUAGGAAUUACAUUAGCUGGACACCAGAAAAAAAUCCUGAACUGUAUUCAGUCCAUGAGGGUCCAAAUGAGCCAGUCACCCACCUCUAUGGCAUGAGACUCUGGGUUGGGUGAGGGAACCUUCAAGGGUGGGGAGGGAAAGAGAAGAGGUUGAAGAUAUGAAAAGUUUGGGCAGUGGGGAAAGAUGAACUUUGCAAUUCAAGAAGUAACACGUCAGGGUCAAUGGUGGACUACCCGUCAGGAACCUAACAGCCAAUACUUUGUCUCAUAUAAGUAGAAGCAGUGCAAAUCUGAAAAUAACAAAUAUUUCAUAAAAAUGUCAGUUGAUGGAUUUACACUGUGUUUGCAGAUGGCUGAUGUUUCAUAAUGGUUGGACAUUUCCAGAGAAGGUCUUGCCUGUGAACAUCAGUGGUAUUGGUUGAAAUAAAGGUGCUUAAUUUCAUCAUCAUACAAUUGCAAAAGGACGGAGGAUGCCACAUUAAGCCCGCUUCACCCAUGAAUGGAUGCCACAUGUAUCCACAUUUCUGACACAGUUGCUGCAUCAAGGAGGAAGGCCACUGCACACUUCCAUCUUCUCUUUAUUGUUUUGAUUGUCUUCAUAUUGAAGAUGUUUGUAUGGAAGAACAAACAUUUAUCUUCUUUUUUUGCUUGCAUUUUUUGGCAAAAAC